AUGGCUGACCCAAUCUCCAUCACUGGCCUUAUCAUAGAUGUCAGCCACAUCCUGGCGAGUAUAAUCCAAUACGCCAAAACCGUGAAAAGCGCAAAAGCAGAAAUCCGCAAGCUCAGUGAAGAACUAUUCGCGCUAAAAGGGAUUUUAGAACACUUGGCUGCGCAGAGCUCGGGUGAGACCUCGAAAUUCGAGCAUGUCGAGUAUGAAUCAGAAACGUCCAGCGGGUUUGAUCGAAGCACACUAGACAGGGUCUUACAACAGACGAACGAGUUUCUUCAAUCCAUAUUGAAGGACCUUGAGCCUCCAGAAAGCAAGUUUCAGAAGAUCAAACAGAAACUGGAAUGGCCUAUGUCCAAAGAAGACGUCAGCACUCAUCUGGUUACGCUGGAGCGAGUCAAGUCAUGGCUUAUCCUUGUUUUGAUGGCCGAUAGUGCGGCGGUAGAGCGUGAUAUACAACAAGAUAUAAGAAGUCUGGCAAGAUCCAUGAGUGAAGAUUUGCGCAUUCGAGACGAGGAGCGAACACAACAGACCAACAGGGAGCUUUAUCGGUGGAUUGCCCCCGUGAGCCCAGGAGAUACCCAUUUGAGAGUGUCUAGAGGCCGUCCGGUCAUAUCUGGCAAGUGGUUCAUCACUGGGAAGCUGAAACACUGGCUUCGAUAUGAGAAUCAGGAAAAGAUCUUUUAUCUUGUGGGCAAAUCUGGAACUGGGAAAACUACAUUAUUUGCUCAAAUUGUUGACGAACUAUCGCGCGAUCCGUCCACAAAUAUCGCAUACUUCUAUUGCACAAUCACGAUAUACGACAAGAUACCGACAAACCAGUCACACAAGCCACCUGCCGACAUCGCUGCACUUGAAAAUGCUAUUAUCGAAGCGACCUCUGAAAAGUCGCAAGUAAUCCUGCUUCUGGAUGCCAUCAACGAAAGCGAAGACCGAGAGGGGAUCGAGAAAUCCCUUCAAAGGAUAGCCCAUCUGUCAAGCAGCGUUCGUAUCAUCGUCACGACAACAGUGGCAGUACCAUUCCAGGAUCUUACCCGCAACUUUGAUAUCACCGCGGAGAUGAUGCGUGGGGAUAUCAAGGCGUAUAUAGAUUAUCGUUUGGUCCACGAUGAAACGCUGAGAAACCUCAAACCAGACCUGAAAGCCUCAAUUGCUGAAACUCUUCUACACAAUGCAGACGGAUCGUUCCGUUGGGUCCAACUGUCUUUAGACAAUCUACAAUCACAAAGAACGGCAAAGGCCAUGAAACUGGCCUUGAGUAAUUUACCGGGGUCCCUUCGAGAGACCUACGUCAGCACACUCGAGAGAAUUUCUCCCGAUGACUGGGUUUUCGUGCGGGAGGCCUUGUUUUGGCUCAGCUUCGCCUCCCGUCCAUUUUGGCUCGGGGAACUGAACGAAGCAGUAGUCAUAGACGAGGAAUGUACGGAGCUGGAUCAAGACAUGAUGCUCGUACCGCCUCAGCUCCUUCUGCACCUUUGCCAAGGGCUCAUCAGCCAAGAUCGAUUAGGCCAGAUACGACUGGCUCAUGCCUCUGUGAAAGAAUUCCUCACCUCCGAAUGGAUUCGAACCUCGCGAGUGAAGUACUUCAGCCUGGAUCCUGCGACUGCUACUUCUACCAUGAUGCGCAAGUGCCUAUCGUACCUUUGCCUUGACAACUUUAAAGGUGGAUAUGAGCCUGAUCGUCGCGAAUCCACGCGGUAUAUCGCGCAGUACAGGUUCAUUAGAUAUGCCGCACACUACUGGGCGGAUCACGCUGCAUCCUGCGAACUGGGAGAAGCAGAGCAGAAGCUCGUGAAACGAUUCUUUGACACUGGAAAGCUCCCGCGUCGAGGGAACUUUGGAGUUUGGGUGCAGACGCUAAUCCCCGGAGUCGACGCCAGUGUGAUUGAAAUGACGCAGCCUCUAUACUAUGCCGCUUCAUUCGGAAUGAUGUCUGUGGUCAAAGCCAUCCUUGCUUCAGAUUCUGAACUCGAUAUUGAUGCCCCCGGAGGUCGGGUUGGUGCAACCGCCCUCUUUGCUGCCAGUAAUCGCCAUAAUUAUGCAGUUGCAGAGGUUCUCCUGCAAGCCGGAGCGGACCCAGCGAUCGUUGACCCAGGGACAGGGUUUAGUGUUCUAAGCCUAGGCCAUAUGAACCGGUUCUCUGGGCUUCGCGGACCGCUAGCUCGAUGGUCUGCCGGAAAGGAGAACCCCAUUUGGCAAGAAUACUUGAGUCAAGGAGUUUGA